CUCGACCCCUCACAUCAAACUCCACCAAACCAGGUCCUAAACUCCAACUUCACUAACGCACCGCAGCACAAUGUCGGGCAAGUACACCGGAAAGUGCCUCUGCGAAGAGGGAGGCAUCCGCUUCACCAUCUCUGCUGAGCCUAUUGAUCCGGUAUGCACCUGUUAUUGCGGCCAUUGCAGCAAAGGCGCUGGCGGGCUGGGCCAGGUGAUGGUGGCCUUCCCAGAAGAGAGCAUCGACAUUGAGUCGGGCAAAGAGCUCAUCACGACCUUCACCUUUAAGAAUACCGAUAGCGGCAAGCCCAAAGACAAGAUGUUUUGCAAGUCUUGCGGGGUGACGCUUUGGACUGCCCCUGAGCAUUGGAAGCAGCUCAAGCAGCUAUUGGUUCGGACACCGGUGUUGGAUGGGGGAAUUGACUGGAAGCCUACUGUUGAGCUUUCGACGAGCAAGCGGGCGAAGUGGACUUCUUCUGUUGCCGGGGCAGCGCAGCAGUGA